CAAUAAAGUGCAGAAAGUAUGAAUUGUAGGGCAGUAUUAAUUCAUAUCUUGUAUAACAUGUUAUGUGUUUCAUGUACAAAUGUAUAUGCUACAUCCUAUUAUUCCCACUGAACUUAUCUGUUUAAGCCAAUUGUAUUUAAUAUAAGGAACCAAUCCAAAUCAAUUAGAACACAGUUAAUCUAUGUGAUAAUUUUGAUUGUUUAAGAAAUAUUAAAUGUGUUUUCAUCCCUUCUUUACUGUAUGUAAAAGACAUUCACUUUAGAAGAGACUGAAUAGUAAAUUAUGUUAUAAACAUUUAUUAUAUGUUCUCAUAAAGAUUAAAUUUAUUUUUAAUAAUGGCUUCUCAACAUUGUUCAAUUCGUUUAAUUCGUCAAGAUACAUCUAUUCCAUGGGGUUUUCGAUUAGAAGGCGGUACUGAUUUUGGUCAUUCUAUUACUAUACAACAUGUGAAUCCUGGAAGUAUAGCUGAUUACAGUGGACUUCGGGCUGGUGAUCAUGUAAUACGAAUUAACCAAUCUGAAACUAAAUGGAUGAGACAUGAUGAUGCGAAAAUGGAGAUCAUACGAUCAAGUAAUGAUUUAGAAUUGUUUGUUCAACGUAGUGACAUAGCAAAUCUAUAUACACAUCAAAAUAAUUUUUCUCCAUUACCAAAACAUUCUUUAAGUAGAUCACCAAAACCAGUUUCUCCACAACCAGUUAAUCGACAAACUAUUUGGCAACCUAAAAUUGUUUCAUCUGUUCAAAUGUCACCAAAUAAUAAUCAUAAUAAUCAUCAAGCAUAUGGGACUCAUGUUAAUUUAGAGGCUACAUCGCAAAAUGAAGAGUCGUCAUCUAUCGGAGUUAAACACAAUAUCUCACCACUUCCAUUUGGUCAAUCACCACCGGCACCUGGAGAAAACGUACUAACAAAAGUUGGUGAGGGACGUUAUAGAAAAAUAAGCCACUCAUCAUAUAAUUCACCUAUGGGUUUAUAUAAUCAAAAAAAUAGAAAUCAAACAUUUGAAAGAACAUUAUCUAAUGCUACAGGUAAUCAACUUGAUGGUGCAGCACCUCGAGUAUCACCAACAACACCACCAUCAAUGUAUUGCGGAUCAUGUGGAGGUUUUAUACGUGGUGUUUUUGUUAAAGUACAAGGUCGUAUCCCAAUGCAUCCUGAAUGCCUUAAAUGUUGUAAAUGUGGAAUAGGUUUACGCAAUAUUGGUUAUUUCUACAUUAAAGAACAAUUAUAUUGUGAAACUCAUGCUAAACAGGCUGCACCACCUCCUGAACCUGGCAUGAAAGCUGUUGUUGUUUAUAAAUAACAGGUGAACUUUGAAAAAAAAUAAUAAUAAUUUCAGUUCUAUAAAAGAUAUUUAAUACCCAAUUAUUUCCUGGCAACAAAUUGUUUAGUUUAUAAAAUUUGUUACUAAAAUCACUAGAAUUAGUUUAAAAUUGGAUAUUGUGUAAAGCCAUCUUAACUCUCAUCAUCAGUUGGUAUGUAUAUUAAAUUAUAACUUAUAUAACUUUAAAUGAUAUCAAAUAAAUAUCUACAAUUUAUUAUACCCCUUCUGUUUGCUUUGAGAAGAAAAACAACAAAAAAAGGUGAGAUUUUUCAAUAUUUAACAUUAACCAAGAAAGAUUAACAUAUACACUUCAUAUACCGUGGAAUUUACAAGUUCACUUCGUUUUUCUUUUUUUCCUUUUUUUUUAUAAUUUCAGCACUCUUCCCGAUUAUCAGUCAAUUUUUUUGGGGGGGGGGAGGAUUCAAGGAAAUCCUUACAACCUUUCUAGAUGUUUCAUUCUAAUUAUUCUGUAGUUUACUUAAUUAUCUUUAAUAAUAUUCAUCAUUAAUGAUCGUAAUUAUAAAAUUGUAGUUGUCUAACUAAUCAGAAAUUGAUUUUAUUGAUUAGAUUAUUGUUAAUUGCGAUCAUUUUAUGAACCUUUUAAAUAUUGAUUGUGUAUCCGGUAAUAGAAUAAUCAAUUUAGUUUUGUCAAAAUUGUUAUUAUCAUUUCAAUGAAGAUAAUAGAAAAGAAAGUAUGUUGA